GUGACCUAAAUAUCUUUGGUGAUAUGGAUAGAUGGAAAAAUGAAUUACACACUUAUAUUUUCAAAAUGCGUGGUGAUUUUUUGUGUACAGAAGACAUACCUAAUGGCAAAUACAUAACGAACGUUUGAAGUGUUUUAUUAUUAAGAUUCGAAUACCAUGGGUGGUGUGGUUGCUAAGUUGCGCUUGGGUGAAGGAGUGCAGGCCGCAGGUUCGGUUCUCGAUCGUGUCAUAUCACAGCCUCACACAGAAGAGCAUACAGUACUGUAUAAACUGGCAGAUUAUAAAAAAGGUGGUCUUCUUCUGGAGACUUAUGCUAAAGGAGGCAUGAUAGCAGCCGAGAAGUUGAUACGCGAGGAGUUCUCGGCAUACAUGUACGCAGGCGGAAGAGGUCGGGUCAUCAAUAGAGCUGAGUACCUCAGAUGGAAGUUCAGGGAUCAUGAACAGGUGGUGCUACCAAUAGAGGCGUCGCUUUCGCCCCACGACCCACUCGCGAAGUGGGAAGACCAUAUGGCCUGCUGGCAGAUGUGUUACCGGGGAGCACUCGGCGAGUCUCUCCUUCAUGUUCUAAUCAUAUGUGAUACUAAAAUCCACACUAGACUGGCAAGAACUUUGGUGAAAUGUUUUCCUAAAUUAUCGUCGGACGUCGUAGAAGGCGAAGAAUACUUGGGAGCAAGCUCAUUACAUUUGGCGAUAGCGUACAGCAACAACGAAUUAGUACAAGAUUUGGUAGAAGCUGGCGCCGACGUCAACCAGAGAGCAAUAGGCAGUUUCUUUCUACCUCGCGACCAACAAUGUGUGCCACCAGCCCGUGUUACUAACUACGAGGGUUUAGCUUACCUCGGUGAAUAUCCGUUGGCCUGGGCGGCAUGCUGUGCCAACGAGGCAGUCUACAACCUACUACUGGACUCCGGGGCCGAGCCUGACGCUCAGGACUCGUUUGGGAACAUGAUACUGCAUAUGGUUGUAGUUUGUGAUAAAUUGGAUAUGUUCGGAUACGCACUGCGUCAUCCUAAGGUUCCCGCGAGCAAUGGUCGGAUGAACUUAGCUGGGUUUACGCCCCUAACGUUGGCCUGCCAGUUGGGCCGAGCGUCGGUUUUCAGGGAGAUGCUGGAACUAUCAGCCAAAGAGUUCUGGAGAUACUCGAAUAUUACUUGCUCUGCGUACCCAUUGAACGCGCUCGAUACUUUGUUGCCAGAUGGGCGAACUAAUUGGAAUUCAGCUCUAUUUAUCAUUUUGAACGGGACAAAGCAGGAGCAUUUGAAUAUGUUAGACGGAGGCAUAAUACAGAGACUGUUAGAAGAGAAAUGGAAAACAUUCGCCAGGAAAAAGUUCCUCAAACGACUAAUGAUCCUGAUGCUGCACCUGUUACUUCUCUCUGUGUCGGUAUACCUCCGGCAUAGUAGUGCUGAAGCGGAUGCCCACCCCGAUUGGGGUCUGGUCGUUGGCGAUGCUCGCAGUGGACUCCGCCUCGCCAGUGAACUGGGCACCAUUCUCAGCACUUUGUGCUACAUCAUACUGCAACAAGGUGAUGAAAUCAAGAAUCAGGGUCUUGUAGCGUAUUUUAAGCAGUUGAUUCACGAACCAGCCAAGUUUAUCUUCCUAGCGUCGAAUCUGCUACUGUUGGCGUGCAUACCAGCUAGAUUGUCACGUCAGACGAUGACAGAGGAAGCCAUUCUGAUUUUUCUGUUACCCGGCUCCUGGUUUUUACUUAUGUUUUUUGCUGGAGCAGUGAAGCUGACCGGGCCCUUCGUGACAAUGAUAUACAGCAUGAUCACCGGCGACAUGUUCACCUUCGGCAUCAUAUAUUGCAUAGUACUGUUUGGAUUUUCGCAAUCUUUCUAUUUUUUGUACAGAGGGUUUCCCAACGUCCAAUCAACACUCUACUCUAGUUACCCGAGCACAUGGAUGGCACUCUUUCAAAUAACAUUGGGUGACUACAGCUAUACAGACUUGGGUCUGACCACGUACCCAAAUCUGGCGAAGACGGUGUUUGCUGUGUUCAUGGUGUUUGUACCCAUCCUACUGUUGAACAUGCUGAUCGCUAUGAUGGGCAACACGUACGCACACGUUAUAGAGCAGUCGGAAAAGGAGUGGGUUAAACAGUGGGCGAAAAUAGUAGUGUCGUUGGAGAGAUCGGUGGCACAGGACGACGCUCAUCGCUACCUUCAGGAGUAUUCAAUAGGUUUGGGUCCAUCAGACGACCCACGGUAUGAGCAGCGCGCUGUUAUGGUCAUCAAGAGUAAGGCGAAGACCAGAGCUAAGCAGCGGAAAGGAGCUCUGUCCAAUUGGAAGCGCGUCGGGAAAGUGACAAUAUCAGAGCUGAGACGUCGAGGUAUCAGCGGUGAAGAGUUACGCCGACUGAUGUGGGGCCGUGUCUCUAUAUCUACACCAACGAAGGCGCCAUUGCCGAGACGGGGUACCGCGCCCCCACCGGACUGCGUGGGGACCGCAGACAUGGGCCUGGCUGCCGAAGUAGGAAACGGAGUGGGUCCGGCAUUGUCGUCGGCCCUUAAUGUUAUGGCCUUCACACAUGACCUCGAACUCGCCACUACUGACACAGUUCAAAAGCAACCAACUCCGGAUCUUCUAGUGAAUGGAAAAACCGCCCCAAAACUACCUACCUCUGUUAUUCCUACCCCAACUCAGCAAUUGGCCUCCCCAAACCAAUUAUCUGUGCCUACACCUACUAUCCCACAGACUCCUGUAAAAUCCGUUCCAAGUAAAGCUAAUUUGGAAGUACAAGGUCUAAACUUUCAAAAGCCUGUAUUGGAUCCAACAAGUGUAUCAGUUUCUAGUAUACAGAAGAGUCCAAUGUUGGCAACACAAACGGGAUCGAUUGGUAUUGUACAAAAUGUGACACCUAUGUUGCCGAAACCUAAAGAAAUUCCAAAGCCUGUGGAAGAAGAAGUGUAUCCAGAUUACUUCUUUGAUCUUGUGAAAAUGUCAGAAACAACCGAACCAGGUGCUACUUUGCUGAAGAGACUUGCUGAACGGGCUGCCGACCUGAGCGGCGUGCCAGAGAUAGACCUCAGUGUUACCACGGCAGCGAAGUCUGCCAGGAAGAUGGUAGCUGGAGCAGUGUCGGGAUUGUUCGGUGUGGCUGCAGAUGCUCCUGCAGCGGACUCUGGAUGGCGUCGCGAACGGCAGGAACACAGCGACAGUGACCCCAUAUCCGAAUCUGUAUUGCUGGGGAGAGCUUCGAGGGCACGUCGCGCUCGCUCCGCAUCCCGCCGCGCCGCGCCCCCACCCCCUCACCUGUACGUGCCUGCUAGAUCUAUGUACUUGGUGGCAUCUGAGAGCAGCGCUGUAGAAAGCGACGCACCUUGGGAUGAUCCACCUAGUUCAGGAAAUAGCUCGGCUCUAGGAAACAGAAGAGACGAAUCAGCCAGAAUAAAAGCAGCUCGGCCACUUUGCAUUCAGCAUGCCACUGGGCAGGUGCCAGUGGAGCAUUCAUUGUUUAUAGUGGGUGCAGGUAGUGGGGCUGAGGUAGAGAGUGCAGCACCUGUAUCUACUAAUAUUAAACACGAGAAAAAGAAAAUACGCCCAAAAACAGCUAGACCUAGAAGAAAUAGGGUGUCGCCUGUGCCAGAAACAGGCAGACCAUUGGAGCCAUGGGCGACUGCGCCUCUUUCACGAAUAUCUCGACUCUUACGGUCUAGUAGCGUCUCGUCUACUUCACUUGCAUCACAGACCUCGAACGAAGUCUCCCCAAGAAGAUAUUAAAUUUAAAUAGGCGUAUACUGAAAUUGAUGCCUACUGUUGCCUUUUUUCAUUGCCAAGGAAUUUAUCCUCAGCUCUAGAGAACCUAAGUGGUCUCGGACAGUACUGUUUCAGAGGAUUUUCCCCCCGCGUACACUUAGAUCGUGGAAUGAUAUAUGCAGAGGUUUUCUCACGAGACUAUGUAGCAUGUUUUCAAGAAUAUAUUACAUUUACCAUCAGAUGGACCGUGUGCUUGUUUGCCACCAUAGUGGUAUAAAGGAUAUUUACGUUAAAGUAAUAUUGAAAUGACAUUUUUUUUAAAGUUACCAUCGAGACAGACACGUGUCAUUUAAAAAGUUUGAAUACAAUGAAUGAAUGAAUGAAAUUUCAAUUUAAAUACGGUUGAUUCAUAAACAUGUUAACAUACCUAAUUGCAAAUUAAACUACAUAUUUAUUCAAUAAACCUUUGAAUAAUGCUAUAGUAGCUUAUCAUUGCAGCAUUAUUCGAUCGUGGAAAGUCAAACAUCUUUGUAAAUAUAGUAUACCUCGCUGAAGACGCCACAUCGCAGAUAAGCCCCACUAACCAAGGGUCAUGUUAUCACGUGUUUAUUAAUCAAAGCAACUAUUACGCAAUAUCCAUAAUAUUAAAGAGUAAGAACCCAGAUACGAUUGUUAUUAUAGAGAAAUACUUACUGUCCAUAACAAAUACUUAUUUCUGCCGGCUCGUACACAGGAAUCGUCUUUGUUUACAGUUACGUUUUGUAUAUAGUUUAGAAUCGUAGGAA